ACAGGAGGGCUAACAUCUAACCAUAUUUUUCAACAAGAUCAGAAGUGAGUAGAGGAGAAUGCACCAUAGCUACCGGCAAACUGGGAGGAACCAGAAUUCCUCCAAAGGGACACUUCCUCGAGUGGACUUUCAGACUGGGUGUCCCAUGGAGAACGAGCCUGGAAUCGUGUCGCCAUUUAAGCGAGUAUUCCUGAAAGGCGAAAAGGGCAGGGACAAGAAAGCCCACGAGAAGGUGACAGAGAGGCGCCCUCUGCACACCGUGGUGCUGGCGCUGCCCGACCGCGUCGAGCCGGACGUGCUGCUGAACGACUACAUCGAGAAGGAGGUGAAGUACUUAGGGCAGUUAACAUCUAUACCAGGAUACCUGAAUCCCUCCAGUAGGACUGAAAUUCUGCACUUCAUAGACAACGCAAAGAGAGCUCACCAGCUCCCUGGACAGCUGACCCAAGAACACGACGCUGUGAUCAGCCUCUCUGCCUACAACGUCAAGCUGGCUUGGCGAGACGGGGAGGACAUCAUCCUCAGGGUCCCCGUCCAUGACAUCGCAGCCGUCUCCUACGUCCGCGACGAUGCUUCGCACCUGGUGGUCCUGAAGACAGCCCAGGACCCCGGGAUCUCCCCAAGCCAGAGUCUGUGCGCAGAAAGCUCCAAAGGCCUCACCUCGGGCUCCCUGUCAGAGAGCGGAGUGGUGCCCGUUGAGGCUUGCUGCUUGGUGAUCCUGGCUACGGAAAACAAGGGAGCUGCAGAGGAACUGUGCUCUCUGCUCAGCCAGGUCUUCCAGACUGUCUACACCGAGUCCACCAUUGACUUCCUGGACCGAGCCAUCUUUGAUGGGGCCUCGACCCCCACCCAUCACCUGUCCCUGCACAGCGACGACUCUUCCACCAAAGUGGACAUCAAGGAGCCCUACGAGGCUGAAGCCAGCACUUUUUCCUUCCCCGACUCCUCGGGCACGGGGGCCAUCUCGCCCCUGUCCUUCUGCAUGCAGCCGUCGCCCACCACCAAGACGGCCAGCGAGGGCGAGCUCAGCGCCUCUGCCACGGAGCUGCUGCAGGACUACAUGCUGACGCUGCGCACCAAGCUGUCGUCCCAGGAGAUCCAGCAGUUCGCCACGCUGCUGCACGAGUACCGCACUGGCGCCUCCAUCCACGAGUUCUGCAUCAACCUGCGGCAGCUGUAUGGGGACAGCCGCAAGUUCCUGCUGCUGGGUCUGAGGCCCUUCAUCCCCGAGAAGGACAGCCAGCACUUUGAGAACUUCCUGGAGACCAUCGGCGUGAAGGACGGCCGGGGCAUCAUCACCGACAGCUUCGGGCGCUGCCGGCGGGCCAUGAGCACGGCCUCCAGCUCCACCACCAACGGCACCCGGGCCGCGGGCAGCUCCGACGACCAGUCCGCGCCCUCCGAGGGCGACGAGUGGGACCGCAUGAUCUCGGACAUCAGCAACGACAUCGAGGCCCUGGGCUGCAGCAUGGACCAGGACUCCGCGUGACAGGGAGCGGGGUCUCCCCACCGCCCGGGCUGCCCCUGGAAAGGGCUCUUGGUGCCCCGAGCCCUGCUACUGUGAAGGACGAAUGCGCCCGGGUACCCGGGGCUCGGCCACGUCCACCCCACUGACCCGCCCCACGAGGCUGGGGGACUGACACACGGCCCAGGACAGCUUUCAAAGUUUUGCACACGGAUGUUCCCAUUGUAACUCAGAGACCUUAAAGAAAAGUUUACUACAAUGUGAAUAAUUUAAAUCUCCUGUU